AUGGAUACGGGUUCACCGGCCGUGUCUCCCGGUUUCUCUCAGGAAGUCACAUAUGUGCUUGAUCCUGAGAAGUUCGACACGGCGGCUGGCACCGGCGCCAAGCGUUUGGACUGGAGCACCGAAGGCACUAAGACCUUCAAUUUCCAUGUCGCUGCACGUGAUGAGCCUUGGCACUGGUCGUUCUACAGUUGCAAUGGGUUUGGUACCGAUUGUAAGGAGCCAGAGGAGAGGUUCGACGGAAUCCGGCCCAUGUGGCGCGAUAUGCUCCAAGUAAACGCCAAGCGUCCGUUGCAUGUGAUGGUCGGCGGAGGUGAUCAAAUUUAUCAAGACGAUCUGUUCUUCCACUGCCAAUCACUGAGACAGUGGCUCGACAUUUUCGAUGCAUAUGAACGUGAAAGCUACGAGUUCUCCGCAGCAAUGAAGAUCGAGGUCGAGAGGUACUACCUGAUGCACUACAUGGCCCACUUCUCGCAGCCCGUCCUGGGCGACGCCAUGGCCAUCAUUCCCGGAAUCAACAUCGUCGACGACCACGAUAUCUUUGACGGAUUCGGAUCGUACCCGGACGCCCUGCAAAGCUGCCCCGUGUUCCGAGGCAUCGGUGCCAUCGGACUCCGCUUCUACCUGCUCUUCCAGCACCACACUACGACUGAGCGGGCCUGCGACGAUGGGUUCUGGGGUGGAUCGUCGGGUUACAACUUCGUGCGUCAGUUUGGACCGCGCACGGCCAUUUUUGGUCAGGACGGUCGUUUUGAGCGAACCAAGCAGCGUGUCAACGACCCAAAGAGCUGGGAUCUUCUGUUCAACGAGCACCUAGCCAAGCUACCCGAUACGGUCGAGCACUUGAUCUUUGCCUCCGGUGUACCCGUCAGUUUCCCCGUUCUGGGCGUGACGGAGAAAGUGAUGCAGUUCAUGUCGACCAUCCGUCGCUGGUCCGGGUUCCGCAAGCUGUUCCGGUUCAGCGGCAUGUACAAGAAACUGGGUCUUGCGUUCGGCGAGCCCAGUAACCUCGACGACCUCGUCGACCACUGGAACUCUGACUUCCAUAUUGACGAACGUAACGAGCUCAUUGAGCGGUUCCAAAAGUUCUCUCAGGAGCGCUCCAUCCGUGUCACCAUGAUUGCCGGUGACGUUCACUGCGCGGCGGUCGCUCAGCUUAGGACUCAGGGAGAGUUCAACAAGGAGACCAAACACACCUACGAAGUGCCACCACUCCAAGAUUAUCGCCUCAUGUACAACAUCGUCUCUUCGGCUAUUGGCAACCAGCCGCCCCCCAAGGUCGUGCUGAAACUGUUCCAAUGGUCGUCGUCGCGUCGCCCGGUCAAGAACGUUAAGAACACCACCGAGGGUUUGGUGCAUGUCUUCCAACACGAUGUGGAUGGCAAGAGAAACAAGAAGGGACACAGGAAGAUCAUGGCGAGGAGGAAUUGGUGC